AUGCCAAAAUCAAAACUUAAAAAUGUUGCAAAAAAACGUAUACUUACACAAAAUAGAAAUAAUGAUAGAAGAUUUUUAGCUGCAAAUCCAGAAUAUAGCGAUCCAGAAUAUAGUAAUCCCGAACUUUUAGUUUAUGAAUCUGAGAACAAUAAUGAGGAGGAAUUUAAUAAUGGGAAGAUAGAACUCA